AUGAAAGAGUGGCGGUGGUUGAGUUGGGUGUACUCCCUGAGGCAAUUCAAGAUGGUGGGAAGAGGGGGAACAUGGUCCCUGCGUGCUGGGACACCUCACAAACAAACACUCACCCGGAAAACCCGGGAUGAGAGCCAGCUGUCCCCCACUCCCUCUCCAACCUCAUUGGACUUUGAUCCAAGGCCUUCUUCGUUGCUUGUUACGUUAAGCAAUUGCGCUCUUUGUCCUUCAGGCAGCUUUAUAACAAUAGGAAAGCUAGCGAAGCAGAGAAGGAGCGAGAAAAUUACAGACGAGAAGAUCAAUGGAGGAGAUCAAAGUAGCAGCAUUAAUGGUAGCUGUUCAGUUUCGGAAGUGGGACUGAACACUCUGAUCAAAGCAGCCACCUCCAAAGGGAUGAGCGACUAUGUUUUCGUCGUCUACUCAAACGCCAUGGCUCUCUCUCUCCUCCUUCCUUCUUCCUUCCUCUAUUACAGAAAACGACCUUCUCCCUCCAUCACCGCCCCAAUCAUCUGCAGAAUAUUUCUUCUCAGCUUGCUCAGUUGUGCAGCGCAGACAUUGACAUAUACUGGUGUUGGAUAUAGCUCUCCUGUUCUCGCUUCAGUCAUGGCUGAUCUCUCCCCAGCUUUUACCUUCCUUCUUGCCAUCCUUUUCGGGCAAGUGAGUAGUCACGCAAAGUGUAUUGGUACAGUACUGUCAAUUGUAGGAGCGUUAAUGGUGACAAUGUACAAAGGUGAGGCCAGUGGUGGAGGUUCGGAGUUGGAAGACAAAGCAAAGGGGCCAACGGGAGGAAGUUUCGUGUCAGAAGAUGAUAAGUGGCUUCUUGGAGGCACUCUACUUGCAGGUGGCAGCUUCUGCGUUUCACUGAUCUUUAACGUUAAGACAUGGAUAAUGAAGGAGUAUCCUGAAGUGGUAAUGACAGCAACCAUUUCAUGCGGCUUGGUGGUGAUGUUAUCCACCAUGGUUGCUCUUGUUGCUGAGAGAAAUCAUGCACAAGCAUGGACCCUUCAACCUGAUAUGGAGUUGGCUGCUAUAUUAUAUCUGUACAUACAUACUUGCAUACAGGGCCUUAUUGUGGUAUCAAUGAGAAGCAUAACGCAUAUAUGGGCAUGUGGAAAGAAGGGACCUGUGUACGUGGCCAUGUUCACUCCUUUAGGAAUGGUCAUGGCACUUGCCAUGGGACUUCUAUUUCUGGGCGAAUCUCUUUCUCUUGGAAGUGUGAUUGGUGGUGGUGUAAUAUCUAUUGGGUUUUAUGGCGUUUUAUGGGGACAGGCUCAACAGGAAAAAAUGGCUUUUGAGACAAAAGUCAUCUGUAGCUCUGUGUCGUCUUCUUCUAAUGCAGUGCCUCUUCUGCAGAACCAGAGAGCGUGAACAGUGAAAUCUCAAUAUGAUCAGUUAUUUUUCAUGCUGAUAUAUAUAUAUAUAUAUAAUAUUAUAUUUUGUCUUCAUAUAUAGUAGCUGCUAGUUAGCUGCCUGGUUUAAGAGUUGCUAAUAACGCAAUUAUUGAUGGAAGUGUACUUAGCAUACACGCAACCUGAUUUUCCUGGAUAGUUCAAAAAAUUGCAACAAUACUAUAAUGGACUGAUCAACAUGUCCAACAAUGUCUAAUGGGCCCUAGUGAAUAUGUGAUUUACUGUAAUUUUAUGGUUGGAUCAGAUCAAUUUUGGUUUGAUUGAUUAA